AUGCCUAAAAUCUUGGAUCUCCCGUGGCACGUGUUCGAAGUCAUUUACAAACACGUUACCAACGAUGGCGACUCUUCAUCGACAUAUGAUAUCUGUGGUCUCCAGUACGAUAGCAUGAUGACCGAGACAGGAAAGCUGAGAUUGGUCUGUCGACAAUGGGCCGAUUGGAUAUAUGUGCAUCACCUUUAUCGCACGAUGUACUUCAGCAAGGCUUCUGAAGCGAUGCGUUUCAUCAUCAACCAAAUCACCAGGCGUUCGAAAAACCUUCCACGGGCGAGAUGUCAAAAACUAGUGGUCUUGGAGAUCCUCACUUGGGUCCUCCACCACCCUCAUCAGGGACACCAACCUCAAGAGAUUCACACCAGCAAUGUUUAG